AUAGUUUGGGGGCACCUUUCAAUCGCAUACCUCUGGAAUGGUGGGGAUUACACAGCCGAGACCCGGAGAGCAUGUAAACGCAAAUGGAGUUUGGGAUUUAUUGCAAAAUAAGGGAAAGAUGACCGUCUUCUCGUUGUGCUUGCUCCUGUGCGCAGAUCUACUGGAUUUAGCCGUCGGAUAUUUGACUGUUACCAUAGAGCCCCUGCCUCCCGUUGUUGUGGGCGAGACUGUUACUCUCAAGUGUAACUUCAAAACUGACGGAAGGCUUCGAGAGAUUGUUUGGUACAGGGUCACAGAUGGAGGGACCAUCAAGCAGAAAAUCUUCACCUACGAUGCUAUGUUUAAUACCAAUUACUCUCAUAUGGAGGACUACCGCCGGCGUGAAGACCUCGUGUACCAAUCAACCGUCCGGCUCCCGGAGGUACGGAUCUCAGACAACGGGCCUUACGAAUGCCAUGUGGGCAUCUACGACCGGGCAACAAGGGAGAAGGUUGUCCUGGCUUCAGGGAAUGUUUUUCUCACUGUUAUGUCGCCUCCGAACAACAUAUCAGUGGUGGCAGAGAACACUCCAGCCCCAUUCAGUCGAUACCAAGCCCAAAACUUCACUCUCGUCUGCACUGCAAAAGGAGGGAAACCAGCCCCAUCGGUGUAUUUCAAGCGUGAUGGUGAGCUGAUAGAGGUGAUCUCCUACACUCAAACCUCCAGCGAGCAGGGUGGCGGCUCAGCGGGGGUAAGAGGAGCCAGGCCGCUCAUCAGCAGGGACCUGGAUGACACUAAACUGCAGCGUUCCCUCUCCCUUCUGGACCCCGAAGGGCGGGUGCCGCCGCCCCGUCCGUACACAGAGAGCACCCAGCGUCUCCACACUCAAGGCCAGCAGGCUAACGAACCCAGCCCUGCCACAGAGGUCAUCCCAGAGACAGUGGUGAGCCGGGAAUUCCCCCGCUGGGUGCACAGCACAGACCCUCUCUACUACUUCAGCCACACUAACAUCCCACAGAGUGACGGCUCUGUGGUGGUGCAGGCCCGACUCACCUGGACCCUCAACCCUCAGCUGGAUAACGAUGCCCUGUUCAGUUGCGAAGUCAAGCACCCAGCACUGUCCAUGCCCAUGCAGACAGAGGUCACUCUAGCUGCUCCUAAGGGUCCUAAACUCUCUAUGACCCCCACUAGAGCAAAGGUAGGGGACACGGUGCGCAUCACUGUGCAAGGAUUCCAGAAUGAGGUGUUCCCCGAGCCCCUGUUCACCUGGACCCGAGUAGGCGGCCGCCUGCUGGAUGGCAGCGCCGAGCGAGAUGGGAAGGAGCUGAUUCUGGAGAGAGUGCCAGCCGAGCUCAACGGCUCCAUGUAUCGCUGCACGGCCCAGAAUCCUUUGGGCUCCACGGAUACGCACACUCGCCUCAUAGUCUUUGAAAAUCCAAGCAUGAUGAAAAACACACAGAAUCAGAACAAUGGAGCCUCCCGCGUGGACGUGCUCGGACUAACGUGGAUGGCACUUGUCCUCACAGUGACAGUGGAACUGACGUGAAACCUCUCAUGCAAGACACACACACACACACACACUUGCCCUUCUUAGACAAACUUCCACACAUGCACACAGAAACACACACACACACACACAUUUUCCACAAACCCUGCAAGCCUUUUCCAGUCAUCAACAGGCCCUCCAUGCGUC